UACCCGCUCUCCGUCUUAUUCUUCUCUGUCCCUCCCACGAAACGCCCACCUAACCUCCUCCUCCUCCUCCUCUUCCUCCUGAUGUCGCUGCAUAUAUAGCGAGAUUUGAGGCUUGUCGAUCUAAAACCCUGCCCUCAUUCAAUGCCCCCCAAAUCCCUCCACCUCGAUCUCUCCCGCGAUGGAAGAAGCAGAACAAGGCGCGCCCUCGGCCCCAAACGCCUCCAAAUCCCACUCGGAUUCCUUCCUCCUCCUCCGAUCCCCGCCGCAUUAAUCGCCUCCGACGAUACCUCUUUUGGCUCCUCCCUGUCAUCGCCUCCUUUUGUGAUCUGCUAAUGAUGAUGCGCGUGCCCUCGUCCGAUCCCCCUCUUUGCCUCUUCCUCUCCUUGCCUUCUUCCGCGACUGACAUCUCCGCCCGCGGACCCCUCUCCUCCCCGCGUGUAUUGACCGCGUGCGUGCCGUCCUCUUUUUACCGGUUUCUUCCCGUUCCAUCCCCGUCGGAGUUGUUUUUGUGAUUUUGGAGCUGUGAUUUCGGAUGGAGCACGGCGAAGGCAAUGGUGAAAAGAAGCUUCUUGAGGCGGGAUUCGGGGCCUCGGAGGUCAAGAAGCAGUGGAAGAAUCCGUUGCAAGUCCAGAUCCUUGAGAACGCUUACGCAGUGGCGCCGAAUCCAUCUGCGGCCAUGAAGGAAGAGUUGGCCAAGUUGACUGGGCUGGACUACAAGCAAGUCCAGUACUGGUUUGGAAAUAGGAGGUAUAUGGAUCGGCAUGGCCCUCGGAGGUACAGAACUAGGAACGAGGGUGAUGGGAAGUUUGUGAAUUUCGCAGCUGUUUCCAAUUCCGGCUUGAGCUCCAGCUCAACGUCAUUUGCUGACCCAGUGGCUGGUACUGAAUCCUCAAGUUCAAGGAGGAACUCUGAGAUGCUGCAACACUUGGUGCCUGAAAGGCUAGCUCAACUCUUCACACAAAUGCAAGAUCAGCAAAGUGUGACCGUGCACGUUGAGAAAAAGCUUGGGCAUCCUUUGAGGGCUGAUGGGCCGAUUCUCGGUGUUGAGUUUAAGCCUUUGCCGCCUGGUGCUUUUGGGGCACCUUUAGCACAACAGAGAUCAUCACUGUGGCCUUGUGAUGGCAAAGUAACCGAGAGACCAACCGUCAAGUCGAUCAAGGCAGCCACAUCGUUGCCCAUGUCGGGUUGUUGUUUAAUGACAAACUUCUCUAAUGAAGGAACUGAUAUCUCCACUCGAGAUUUUGAUGCACUUAAUCCUGAUGGUUCUCCCAGGGUUGUUGAGGAAUACCAACUUUUUCCAAUGCAACCAAGCUGGCUAGAUAGUUAUGAAAGAGUAAAACAGGCUAUUUGCCCUUUAUCUCCAGCUAAUACUUUAAAUAAUCAGGUAUUAACGUCUGCUGAAGGGCAGACUGUUAGUGAAUAUGUAAGUGCAGCUUCAGCGUUUACCCCUCAAGGUCAGCUAUCAGAUUCCACCAAUCAAUCUCAACAAGGCAAACAAAUGACUAUUUCUUCAACUCUAAAUGGUCAUCAGAAAGCCCCAGAUCAUUUGUAUAGAAGUUCAGCUUCUGAUUCUCAGGAUAAGAAUCAUCCAGCUACUCGAUUGGACAAUCAGUUUCCAUCGUCUGAUCAAAUAAUUACCUGCAAUGCCAAUGAGCUUCGAAGUGAGAAGAUACAUUCAUUAGGAUCUAGCAGUGACAAUGGUAACCAAAAGCAUGAUCUCACAGAAGUUCAAAAGAUAGUUGAUGCCAAGAAAGAAAGGGAUUCAGGUGUUCCUGAUGUUGGACAUGGCGAUCCUGGACCAGGGGGUCAUGGCCAAGGCGGAGAAGGUAGUAGUCAUCUUCAGAUGGAAUUGGUAGAAAAUCAUAUCUCUGCUGUAGUAGCCUUCAAGGAAGUAGAAAACAAGAACUUCAACAAGGUGGUAAUGAAUCAGACAGCUGACCUUCCACAUCAGGUCGGUCAUUGGCAUGGAUAUAGCCGUUAUUUUGUGAAGCCGCGAGAGAGAUCUCACAGUAGUAUAACAGAUACUGGGGACACAAGAGUAAGCUAUUUCAGCAACACUGGAAGAUGCGUCAGACCUCUUAUUGCUGAGUGGAAUGAAAGAGAGAAGAAGGCAGUUUAUAUUGACAAUGACAAUGAGAGUUCUCUAUCAUGGUCCACCGGAUCUGAUUCAACUUGCAGUGACGGGUUUGAUGAUCAGGCAACCGAAAAUGGAAGGCAUUAUGCCCAAACCAAUUCAGUAGAUCCAUGUGAUAUAGAUAUUGAAAAUGAUGAUAUACACAAGGAUCACAACAGGCAGGAAGUCGUGGAUGUUGAUCUGAAUGUUGAGGAUGAUGAAGAUGAGACAGAUGAUGAGGAUUCCAACAUGAAAGAGGAGUCCAAGGACAAGAAAAUGGAGGUUAAUGAAGACAGAAGAACAUCACCCCUUUCUUCAGAACAAACUGCUUAAUAGGGCUAUGUAUUAUGCACAUGGAAAGUCAUAAAGUUGAAAAAGAAGUGAUUCUUGAAACUGCCAUCAUCUUUGGUCUUAGAUUGGUACCCAUGUAUGCUGGAGGCCAAUGGAGCUGUUUGCUCAGUCAUAUUGAAAUAUUGUAGUAAAAAGAAACAUCAAUUGGUCAAGAGGCUUUUCGUACGUGCCUUUCAGUCUUGCAGCUGGCAUUAUCUGGGAGCUAUUUCUGGCCUUACAAGUGUCAAAUUCUAGCAUAGCCUGUACAAAUUAUGGUUUUCUAUUUGUUCCAUUGAACUUGGUACUAGUUUUUUUUUUCUCCAUUGAUGGCUUUAUUAUGACUUUAUGACGAGAAUCAUCAGCAACCUCCAAAGAGUUCUCCGGAUUCAUCUGCAGCAUGGCAAUCUCAGGGAUAAAAUGUGACAGCCAGAGCGUUUAGGUCACCUGCUUUGUUGUGCCAGAUAUAGUGACAUGGCAAGUAUGGUGGAGAGAGAAGUCAUGAGAUUGACUAAUGGUAUGAUUGUAUCAGGCAUUCUGUGAGAAUGAGGUGGAAUGUUAGUUUGACAAGCUGACAUCAGCUUGUCUGCAGCAUUUUUUUAUAUUAAAGAAUUACUAUAUCAACUAAGACAUCAGCUUCGUAUUAUGAUUUGGUCAAUCAGAGUGUGAUGUAGCGUGGAGAUGACUCAAUGGGCCAGCCUCAUCAGGUUAAAGAACAUGUUAUUUAUCCUUGGAACCUGUGUAAGCUCACAAGGAAGCAAAUGAUAUUCCAAUUAGUGAGUGCAAGUGGGACUGCAAGAUUGCUCAACAUAUAGGUUGACAAAAUGAUCUCUUCUGAUGGCCUUUUGAUGGUUUUUCAUGCGUAUGUAAGUUCACUCGAGCAUUUCAUGACUUUGCUCCUUUGAUUGUCAUCAGAAUCCUCCCGUAAAAUAUACAAGCACUUCAGGUUUGCGGAUGAGUUCUAGUUGAUUCCAUUCAGGAGUUGAGGAAGGAGCAAAGAAGAAAGAGCUAUGAAUCUUGACCUUUUCUAAGAAAAAAUAUGGUGUCAACAGAAGAAUAUCGGUGGACUGUGAACUACAUUGUUGAGAUCUAUCAGGCUGGUCUACAACGAUGGGGAAGCUUAUUUACUGUUUCUGGCAUGAUCACUCAUCCGGAAGCACUCGGAACAUGAAUGAGUGGAUCUGAGUUUAAUUCUGUGGGACAACUUUCGGUGUUUUAACAGAAGAGGCACCACGACGACAUCGUUCUUGGCCCACCAAGAACAAAAUUACUCAUCUGCUGGCCAACAGCAGCCUUGUCAAUGCAAACGCCUUCUCCAGAGCUUUCUCCGGUUCUUCAUGCUUGUGCAAUGACGGUGUUCCGAUCACUGGCUUGGGCCACCAGGGAGAAAAGUACUUAUCUGCUGGCCAACAGCUAUGUCAAUGCAAACGCUCAACCACAGAAACCCCCCUCUUAAGUUUCUCUGUCAAUAUUUAUGUCCGACAUACUAAGCUGCAAAGCGAAGCAGCUGCUAGACUCCGUCAAUUUUGGCCGCAACGAUCAGUUCACUCAUUCAUGAUUCAGUCGAAAGUGUACUACGCCUUGAUUCAUUUUUGUAUAGCAAUGAAAUCAAUGAAUCCUCUCAGAUCUUUCAUGUUC